AAUUCAGACUUUGUUAAUGGUCGUGAAUGAGUCUCCGCGGGUAUAAACUAUCAUUUCCUUUCAUAUCAGAGAUAUCGCCAGUUAGUUAGCGUGUGGUGUGACUCCGACGUUAGCCAACUGUCAUCAAAGCUUCGGCUUUCAACAACAACUCCAGUCCCAACUUCUGACUUUAAUCUGUUGGUUUUAAAGCUCGUUUCCGGUCGCUGUUCAGAUGAGGACGGCUCGCCUGGUUGACCCGGUGUGUCGCCCCUCUCCGUUGCCAUGGCAACGCCCUACGUCCUCACAUUCCUGCUCCUCCUCCUCCUGUCCUCCUGCGCCCUCUUGCUCCUGAUCCUCCUGCCCCCCGUCGCCCCCUCCAACCCUUCCCCCGGCUCCCCUCCUCCCUCGCCGUGGCGGUCGCUCUCCUGCGGCCUGGGUCAGUCCUGGGCCGUCCGGCUCCACAUGGGGGGGGGCCCCCGACGUGAGGGCGAAGAUGGCGGACGGAGCUCGGCGCACCUGAACGCGAUAGCCGACGGGGUCGCAGAGAAGGCCGGGCUGACGAACCACGGCCAGAUCGGGCAGCUGGAAGGCCACUACCUGCUGUGCUCCGUCACGCCCGGAUCGGCGGCCGGCAUCUGGAGCCGGAGCGUCCGGCCCGGCGACGUCCUGGCGGCCCACCCCCACGUCCUGUGGCACUCCCAGGAGCGAGUGCUGAGCCGCUCCAAGAGGUCCAUGUCCUUCAACGAUCCCAACUACCCCAAACAGUGGCACCUGCACAACCACCUCAAUAAGGGAAUGGACAUCAACGUCACGGGGUUGUGGGAGCGCAACAUCACCGGCCGAGGAGUCACGGUGGUGGUGGUCGACGACGGGGUGGAGCACACCCACAAGGACAUCCACCCCAACUAUAGCGCAGAGGGCAGCUACGACCUGAACUCCAACGACCCGGACCCCAUGCCUCACCCGGACGUCCACGGCGACAACCACCACGGGACGCGCUGCGCCGGGGAGAUCGCGGCCGCUCCCAACAACAGCUUCUGCGCCGUGGGCGUGGCCUACGGCAGCAAGGUGGCAGGCAUCAGAGUGCUGGACGGCCCGCUGACGGACAGCCUGGAGGCCAUCGCCUUCAACAAGCACUACCAGGUCAACGACAUCUACAGCUGCAGUUGGGGUCCAGAUGAUGACGGGCACACCGUGGACGGACCCCACCCCCUGGGCAAGGCCGCGCUGCAGCACGGGGUGAUUGCAGGCAGGCAAGGCUUCGGCAGCAUCUUUGUGGUCGCCAGUGGCAACGGGGGUCAAUACAACGACAACUGCAACUACGACGGCUACGCCAACUCCAUCUACACCAUCACAAUCGGAGCGGUUGAUGAGAAGGGCAAGAUGCCCUUCUAUGCCGAAGAGUGUGCGUCCAUGCUGGCCGUCACAUUCAGCAGCGGGGGAAGCACGCUGAGGAGCAUUGUGACGUCGGACUGGUCCAUGCAGAGGGGCACCGGCUGCACCGAGGGCCACACCGGCACGUCGGCCGCGGCCCCGCUGGCGGCUGGCAUGGUGGCCCUCAUGCUGCAGGUGCGCCCGUGCCUCAGCUGGAGGGACGUGCAGCACAUCAUCACCUUCACCGCCACCCAGUGCGACAGCAACGCCGACUGGAGGGUGAACGGCGCCGGUUUCCACCACAGCCACCAGCACGGCUUCGGGAUGCUCAACGCCUGGAGACUCGUCAACGCCGCCAAGGUGUGGGAGUCGGUGCCGUUUCUCGUGUCCUAUCAGAGUUCAGUGAAUAAGGAGGAGGCGGUCGUUCCCAUUUACCCGGACGAGCUGGUCCGAACGUGGAUAGUCUCCGCUGACGACCUCAGACAAUCUGGCAUGGAGACGCUGGAGCACGCGGCCGUCACCGUGACGAUAGCACACCCGUGCCGCGGCAGCGUGCAGAUUGUGCUGGUCUGCCCCGGCGGCAUGACGUCGGUCAUCGGGGCGCGGCGCGCCAUCGACAGAGACCCUUCGGGCUACCAGGACUGGACCUUCUCCACCGUGCGCUGCUGGGGAGAGAGGGCCGAGGGCCAAUACACCCUCAAGAUGACCGACGACAAAGAGACGACCCUCGCGCAGUGCGCCGCGUCGGGCGUGCUGAAGCAGUGGCAGCUGACCCUGUACGGCUCCUCCAUGACCGCCGGAGAGGUCCGGGACCGGCGGAGGCUGGUGGAGGAGGCCAUGAGUGGCCGGUACCUGGACAGCAGCUUCUCUCUGCCCUGCCCCCCCGGCCUGGACAUCCCUCCAGAGCUCGUCCGCCCCUUCACCUCCAACAACCUCAAGUUCCUGCUGUUGCUGGGCUGCUUUGCUCUGUUCUGGUCCCUGUACUACACUCUGGAGGUCACGCUGGACCUCCGGGGCCUCCUGUGCCUGCGCAGGAGACGGGGAGGUCACCGGCUCAGGGGAGGGCGCCGAGGAGGAGUGGAGGACGCGUUGUUGGAGGAGCAAGUGGGGGAUGGGGAGGAGGAGGAGGAGCAUGACUCUGGGGUGGAGUUGCAGGCGGUGUUGGACUCGGACGCCAAAGCGCCGCUUUUGAGCGGGGAGCGGCCGGCGACAUAGCACCGGGAAAAACCUCUCGCCGUCUUUGCUCAUGGGACCUGGGCGGGAGGGGGCGGAGUCAAAGUAAGGGCCUGAGCUGGAAGGCCCCCCGACAGGGUUCAAUGCCUCUAGAUUUGUACUCUGAGAGGAACCGAGCUCACCGAUUGGUGGGAUGUACUUGACCAACACCCGUGGGUCUUUAAACCAAGAGGAACAAGUUUGAUUUGCACUGCAGGAAGAUUCAAAUCCGCAGAGUGCGUUUGUAAUACGAGGUCUUCCCUGAAAAAGAGUCCUCGAGGAUGAGGCUCCGAGAAUACUUAUUAUUUUUUAUGAACUAGAUUUAUUUUCUGAGGUGUUCUUUUGUCCCCCUUGGGGGGGCGCUGUACGCGGCUAUCAACCAACUACUGGUGAAAACUUGAAGUGGGAUUUUCAAGUGUGGGAAUUUUAUAUGUAUUUUUUUAUGAAGUGUAAUAUAUAUAUAUACACACAGUGUGCCUGCUGUACAGAUAAAUAUAUCGAGCGUGUUCAAAUGAUUUCUACAAAUUGUUUUGUAAAAAUGUAAUAAAGAGUUCUAAUUUUUUAAAACAGGAAUCAGUGUUUGGAGACGUUUGCUGUGAAUGAUAAUAAAAAGACUUGACGGAG